CCUCAAAGCUCCGAAGCCGCGAGAAAGGGCGGACGCGAUGUGCCAAGUAGGCGAGCGCGGCGAGCUCGAUUUUGCGUUGCGUUCACCUCGGCAGUUGUUGCUGUGGUUGUUGACAGAACACGAAACUAUGACGGGGCGCGAAGAGCCUGCAUGAGUCUAAGAGACAGGUGGUCUGCACCACACAGCGACUGCCAAGGUGAAGCAAGACACUCGGACAGCCACAUUCUAUUAAUGGUCUCCGUCGAUCACAACGCUCCAGGUACCAAAACGUCAUCCCUCAGUUACCAGCCUGCAAUCGCUUUAAGCCAAAAUGUUGGCGUAUUUAAAGAAACGCAUCGAAUUGAACCAAGGGAUCAGCAUUAGCAAGCUGCCGGGACACCUUGCCCAACUACCUCCUGAAGUACGCGCCAAACAUGGCAGUAAUGAGGAGGCCAUUCGUCGCUGCAUAGAAAAACAUCCCGAAGAGUUUCUGAUUGACAAAUCUGAUCGUGUGUUUCUACGGCCACCGCCCUCCCCGAAGGCUUUGGCACCUACCAAUCUUGUAACAGAUGAUGUUACAGACCUUUGCAACGUGACGGGAAACGUGCUGCGCAUAUUCCCAGCUUUUGGGUUUAUAACAGUAGACUACCCUAUCAAAACGACUGUUUAUUUUGACGUUAAGAGUUUUGAAGAAAAUCGCCACACCACUCUGACAACCUCUGGCUUAAGUGAAGGCGACUGUGUCAUCUUUGAUGCAGCCAAGUCGGUUGGACACAAGGCUUCCUUUAAAGCGACACGCGUGAAAUGCAUUGAAAUGAAGGCCGCUGCGCCUUCCUCUGCGUCACAGUCGAUAAAAGAGCCAUCGGUAGACGGGGAUGACAGGCUCCACGACCAGUCUGGCUUCAUACACACGGUGAGGCCAGACUUUGGCUUCAUUACGUUUGGCCCGAAGAAAAAGCACUGCGCAUUUUUUCACAGCAGUGUCGUGGACAAGACACUUACCAAAGGCAGCAAGAAUUUGACUGACAUUCUCACAGUGAAUGACAGGGUACAUUUUGACGCAAGGCCAGACAGCAAAGGCAGCAAGUGGUGCAAGUGGAAGGCCACCAAAGUUUGGUGCGUACCCCCGGAAAUGGAUAGUGUGCCUAACUCUGAAGGGGACAGUGGUGAUGAAGUGUUCAUGUCUGAAGAUGAAGCAGACCUCGAGGGGAUACUCAACGGUAACAGUGAGCUGGAGUCAUCCGAUGUUGAUGUUGAGGAUUACCCUGUGGGAUGUCCCGACUGGGAAGAUCAUCCAAGAAAGCCACUGAAUGAUGCAGGUGACGAGCGCUCUGCAGAGCAGCCCGUGGCAUGGUCCGCACGCCGGAAGCUUUCGGGAAUUAAGGGCAUCUUCUUCAAGGAGUCCGACAAGGCUGGCCAUGUCUUCUGGCUGGAUGGGAAGGUUGCCGCACAGGUGGUAAUCACCAUCGUGUACCACAUGGGCACGCAGAUCAAGUCCUUCGACGAGCUGCCCUGGAACUCGGAUUUCGAACAAGGGGUGGAGGUGUUCUUCGACGCCGUCGAAAGUGACGACACCUGGAUCGCAACCCUCGUGUGGAUUGGUGAUCGGCCGCCCAGACUUAAUGUAAGCUGCAGUGAAAACAUCUUCAACAACGUGCUUGCUCUAGCAAUGGCCGAGACGUUCACAAGGAACAAGCGCAUCGUAGCAACUUGUCAGCCUGCGGCACCUUCCAACUCUCAGCCGUCGGUUGAGAUCUUUCCAGAUAGAAAGGGGGUUGUUGUUACGGCAGCCCAGCGCAUGGCGUGGUGCAAAGUGCAAGAAUCCUCUGGCCCCAGGCAACUUAAGUUCACUUGUCUCUACAGAGAUGGCAUAGCCCGCACAGAUUGUCUGGACAAAAUUCUGCAAGAGGAUGACGUGGUCUUUGUUGACUACAUGAUCGGCACGAGCCACGGUAGAGAAGAGGUGCGAUGUGUUCUUGCGUGGCAGGGGCAGAAGCCGUUGGACGUUGCUUGUUUGGACCCGGAAGACUUUGUCAAGCUGCUGAAUGCCAGGGCAGCUGAACAUAGCAGCACAAGCAGCAGCCCUGAACAGCCUUCCUCCGGCCCAGAUGUCGUGCUGGAUGCGAGUCAAGAGAACGGUCGCCAGUCGCUCUCACCAAGCGAAUUCGCAGAACAGAUGUUGGGCGUAGCGGUCAGUAAAGGAAGUGUUGCUGUUCAACGAACGCAGGCUCCUGUGUCCAAGCAGGAUGAUGACACUGCACUGAGCCGCAUAUUGGCGCAUCUCAAGCGUGCCGUGAGAGCCAAUGAGGGAGUGCCCCUCGCCAGGCUACAAGGUAUCCUCUCGCAACUGCCACCGUCAGUUCGGGGUCGUUACGGUGCAACAGUCGAGACAAUACGCUUGGUCGCAAGACAGUUUCCCGGCACAAUUGUUGUAGGCUCGGACAACAGGGUGUACACUUCAGCAGGGCCUCGGACAUUCGCCAAAAACAAUGCAGCAGUGAUCCACAAGCCACCUGGCAAGAAACAACUCCCGACUACCAAAGCUGGAGCCGCCACACUGAAGCAGACUGGUGCGCGCGCUGUUUUAAAUGCCAGUGCAGAAGUGCAAAGCUUUCCUCCGCCCACGGCACACACCGCGGAACCUUCCGUCUCGAUCUAUCCCUGCGUGAAAGGAACAAUCGUCCAAGUCCUUGACUGCAUCGCCACGGUCAGAGUGAAAGAGGCAGCAGGCACGCGCGACAUUCAAUUCACCAAUGAGUGCCUCUUCAAGGACGGCGAGGUUGUCCUGGAUAACUUCAGCGAGGUUCUGCACGACGGAGACGAGGUCCGCCUCAACUACAUGGUUGGAAGCAGGGGUCGUAAGGAUGACGUUGUCCACUGCGAUCUCGUCUGGCUAGGGCGACCACCAGACAAUGCAGAGUGCAUGGGCCCCGAUGAGUUUGCAAAGAGCCUUGGCAUCAAAGCGUCUUCAGUCGGUGUGAGAGCCACAGCCGACGACCUGUGCGGGAGCCAGCAGGAAGAUACCGUGCCGAAGAGCGUGUCAGGGAAACAUGCCGGUUUUGCUGUGUCACACCAAACCGUGCCCCCCGAACAGGGUCACUUCAUGGAGAACUUGACACCGCAAGAAACUCUUAAGGCUGGUGCGGACCAAGCAGCGGCUGUUCCUUCAUUUGAGCAACACCCCGAGCAGCCUGUGGAGGAACCUCAAGUGGUCCCCACAAAAUCAGGACUGGCUAAUGCUGCGCGUUGCGUUUCACCUGGACUUAGUGACGAGACUCUGCUUCGCCUCGCGAGGAUGGUGGUUCAGGAAUUCCGGGCCGAGUUCCGGGAGGAAAUGCAGAAGUGUGUGGAAUCGUUCAUGAAGCAAUCGAGGAUUGUGGUCCGUGAUGUCGAAUCUCAAACGAGUGCGGACGAUCUACGCAUGAGCUCCACUGGAGAAAGCACUCCUCCUUUCUUCAGCCCCUGUAGCACUCCGACGCGGGAGUUGGAUAUGUCUGGUGCAUCACCGCCAGGGCCUGAGUUAGCCUCAUGCCAGCUGAAGUUCUCCGACACCAGGCCUGAAGAUGCUGUUGUCUUAGAGCCAUUGGAGUUGCAGAGAGUUCCAUGCUCUGAUAACAGUAUUGCCCAUACUUCAUGUCAACAGGACGACAACAGCGCAUCACAGCCUUCGGUACAAGUUCAGAGUGGAAACGUGGUGGAUAUGGCCAAUAUUUCUGAUGAGGCCUGCGAUAUCAAACCACCAGAUGAGCCUGAAGGCACAGUUGCUUCCCAGCCAUUGGAGUUGCAGAAAGUGACACCUGCUGAUGACACUGCUACUGAUACUUCAUGUGAACUGUAUGACAACAGCUCAUCACAGCCACCGGAACCAGUUCGAAGUGAAAGCAUGGCAGGUGAGGUCAGGAGUUAUUCAGAUGAGACCGCUGAUGUGAACAGUACCAUUUUGCAGCCAUUCGAGGCUUUAGUUACACAUGAUAACCAUGUUGAAGAGCUAGCAGUGCACAUUGGUACCAUGGUUUUAGAACUGUCAGAUAAGUCCUGUAUGGUAAACGAGCUGUCAAACCUGUCGGAGGCAGCAGAUGAGGCUUCCUUGAACUCUGCUGAAUCCCACAAUGUCCUGCCUCAGAAUGGCAUUGUAGACACGCUACUGACUGAGAAGAAAGAACUAAGCCUGUCUGAAGAGCCCGAAGAAGCUCCUAUUUCACAGCGAGCACAUGAAAACGAGGCACAGCCAUCAAAUGCUCAAGAUGAUUCUGUAGAUGGUAUUGUGUCACAGGCAGAGCCAGAUGAGCUUGACACAGCUCCUACAGACACAUUUGUUUUGUGUUCAACACAAAGCAAAGUAUCAGUUGUGAUUGAAACCCCAGACCCUGUAGGGAGUUCAGUUCUACACCAAACUGCUGAAGACAAGGUACCAGAGGUAUCUGACACAUGCGAUACAGCCCUCGUAGACACUACCGUUUUACAGCAAACUGCUGAAAGCGAGGUACCAGACGUGUCCGAAGCACCAGACAACGCCAUUGUAGAUGCUGCAGCUUCUCAGCAAGCUGCUGAAAAGAAGAUACCAGGCGUGCUUGAAGCACCAGGUGAAGCACUUGCAGACGUUACUGGUCUGCAGCGAACUGCAGAAGAAGAAGCACCUAACCUGUUGGAAACUCUGGGCAGUGAAAGUGCCAUUGAAACAGUGAUCCCAAUGGCUGCCAAUGACUCAAGUUCGCAACCAGCAGCUACUUUACAUGUGCUGAUCGAAAACGACAGCAUCUUACCACCAGUGCUGCCCAGUACAGUAAGUGGCCCAGAUGCAAGCUCUGCUGAGCUGACGCAGGAGUAUGAUGCACAGGUCAAUAUGAAUUCUGAUGCUUUGAAGGCGUCGGACAUAUCGGAGAGUAUGCUCUAAGCAACCAAUAAACAUACGUGCUCAUCAAUAUGACGAAUGCACCUUUGAAAGAUGGUUUUCCAACUACUAGAAUCGGAUGUUUUACCUGCAAGCAACAUGCAGUACAGCAGCAGACGCGCUAGAGACAUUGUAGCAGCUCUUCUCAAAAGCAGAACUGCAGCUGUUGCACGCUGUUACACACUGACAGGUGCCAAAAAGUUCAGUGGACAGAUUUUUUUUUUUUUUUUUAAUGUACAAGCCGUGAUAUGUUUAGUUUGUGUGUUUUGUGACUACUGACAUUAAACAGGUUUAAAACACUGUGUUCCCUGCCAACAUUACUUGACCCAAAAGCUUGCAUCAAGAGCCCUAGCAGGACCCAUUGACUCUUGGCUUAUACCAAACCCAACUAGAUUUCCGAGUAAGUCUAAGAGUUCAUUAGCAAUGAAUUAUGUAGGUUAUAACUUGUCUCGCAUUUCAAUUACCAGCUUUCUUGA